AUGACAACAGCAGCACUCGUACAUGAUAUUGAAACUGCUCCUAGUUUGCCAUCUUUAUUCAAUAUUCGAUAUCCUAAUUGUCGUACAGGGAUGUUUAGUCUUCGUGAACCAUUUCAAAAUGUAAGAGCAGAAUUUUUUCCAAUCGAACAUAGACAAUUAUCAACUGAAAAAUUAGCCGAAUUAAAUCAGCAACCAACUGACUUCAAUUAUAAUCAAGUACCAUGCAUACGUAAAAAAACUGUCGAAUCAUUAUCUAGACCGCCUCAAAAAAUAUCAAAACGAAAUGCUGAAGUUCAAUGUUCACUAUUAAAACCGCAUACAAGUCAUGAAAUCGCUGUUCAAACAAAAAAUCCUCGACAACGAAUACCAGACAAUGCUUUGAGUAAUAAUAAUGAUGAAGAUGUAAAUUCUCGAUAUCGUCGUCAAACCAAAUUACAAACAGUUAAGCAACGUCAACAGAUCUAUGAAAUUCGGGAUGUUGAAUCGUCGCCUUUACGAAUAAUACCAAUAAAUCAAAGAAUUAAACGUAAAGAACAACAUAAAACAUAUACUAAACCUAGAAAGUCAAUCAAAGACUAUGAUGACGAUGAUUAUGAUGACCAAGAAGAAGAAUUCAACGAUGACGAUGACGAUGAUGAUGAUGAUGAUGAUGGUGAUAAUGAACGUAUUAUAUAUGCACGUGAACCUCCACAAACAAUUAGAAAAACAUAUUUACCAUCCAAUGUACGCAUGAUUUGUGUAAGGGAAGAUAUAAAAUGA